AUGCCACCUAAAAAGGAGAAAUAGUCCAAGGAGAUUUAGGGAGAUGCAGACAGAGGUCAAAGACUAUUCAAAACACUUUGUAUGGGCUGCCAUUCAAUGAGUUUAAGAGGAAUAUAUGGCAAAAAUAUUGCCUCUGGUAACAUGAUUUACACAUCGGGACUCUUAGCAAAAGCAACAGAGAAAUGGACAUUUAAAAACCUAGAUGCAUUCUUAACACAUCCUAAAACAUUUGCACCAGAGACCGCAAUGGGAGCAGCUGCAGUUAAGAACGCUAGAGAUCGUAGAGAUAUAAUUGAAUUUUUGAAGGCUUGA